UUCAGCAAAAACAUACACACUUUCACAGAUUGAUAUAUAGGAUCGAUAAUAUGGCGGCUGCUUCCGACAAGAAUCUCCUGUCCAAAAUCGCCGGCGGCGACCAACACGGGGAGGAUUCGCCCUACUUCGACGGAUGGAAAGCCUACGAAGAUGACCCUUUUCACCCUACUCGCAACCCUCACGGCGUUAUCCAGAUGGGUCUCGCCGAAAAUCAACUUUGUUCUGAUUUGAUAAAAGAGUGGAUAAAGGUGAAUCCGCAUGCGUCUAUCUGCACGUCUGAGGGUGUCCACGACUUCUCCCACGUCGCUGUUUUUCAAGACUAUCAUGGCCUUCCAGAAUUUAGACAGGCGAUCGCGAGGUUUAUGGGGAAAGCGAGAGGAGGGAGGGUGAGGUUCGAACCGGAGAGAGUGGUUAUGAGCGGCGGAGCCACCGGUGCCAACGAGACUCUCAUGUUCUGUCUCGCCGACCCCGGCGAUGCCUUUCUUGUCCCCACGCCCUACUACGCUGCGUACGUAUUCGACAGAGACCUCAGGUGGAGGACCGGAGUACGGAUAAUACCAGUGGAGUGUUACAGCUCGAACGAUUUCCGGAUAACAAGACAAGCCCUAGAAUCAUCGUACCUCAAAGCCCGAGAAUCAGGAACAAAGGUCAAAGGUCUCAUCCUUUCGAACCCAUCUAACCCUCUCGGCACCACUCUCGAUGGAUCAACUCUCGAAACCCUAGUCGGUUUCGUCAACGACAAACAGAUCCACCUCGUCUGCGACGAAAUCUACGCGGCCACCGUCUUCUCGGCUGCGCCGAAAUUCACCAGCGUGGCUGAAAUCGUCCAAGAUAUGGAUCAUCAUGGUCACAUCAUCAACCGUGACCUUAUCCACAUUGUCUGCAGCCUGUCCAAGGACAUGGGUCUUCCCGGUUUCAGGGUCGGAAUCAUUUACUCCUUCAACGACGCUGUCGUGUCCGCCGCCAGGAAGAUGUCCAGCUUCGGGCUGGUUUCUUCUCAGACGCAGAGUUUUCUCGCGGCUUUGCUGUCCGACGAGAGAUUCGUCGACGAUUUCAUGGUUCAGAGCUCGAAGAGACUAGCGAAUAGACAUGGAGUGUUCACCAAAGGGCUCGAAGAAAUGGGGAUUUCUUGCUUGACAAGCAACGCGGGUUUGUUCGUGUGGAUGGAUCUCAGGCCGAUGCUGAAAGACCAGAGCUUUGAAUCUGAAAUGGCUCUGUGGAAUGUCAUCGUCAACAAGGUCAGGAUCAACGUCUCGCCCGGCUCCUCGUUCCACUGUUCCGAGCCAGGGUGGUUCAGGGUCUGCUUCGCUAACAUGGACGAGGAGACGCUCCACGUCGGACUUCGGAGAAUCCGAGAGUUCGUUCUCGGAAACAGAAAUAUCAAGAAGACGGCGGCGGAUAACAAGACACGUGGCGGUUGGCAAAGGAAUCUUCGGCUGAGCCCCUCGUCGAGGAUCUACGAGGAACACGCCCUCUCCCCUCGCUUGUUGUCCCCUCACUCUCCUUUGCUCCGUGCUUAAUUAUAUACUCUUGUUUGAUUAAUUCGCACUAAUCUAUAAUUUAUGAUUAAUAAAAGAGGUCUUAUUUUUGUAUUAAACAAAUUAAACAC